CCAAACUCGACCGACUCCAUUACCAAAUACAGGCUCCUAUUCGUUCGCUGCCCUUCCACUCAAAUUUCUUCCCAGUAAACUUACUAAAAGAAUUAAAGGUAAAAAUUUGUGGGGGUUUUUAUAUUUUUCAGAACAAAAGCAAGAGUUUGAGGAGUAAUGCAGAAUUAUUGGUGCCCAAAUAAGAAAAGGUGUUGAUAUGAAAGAGAGUUGUUAUAUAUAGUGGUUUUUGUGAAUCAAAAGUGCAGCUUGUGAGGACAUUCAUAUAAUAUAUAUAUAUGUAUGGUAUUCAUAUUUCAAGAAGUGGGUAUUGAUUGUUUUGCAUAUAAAUGUCUGAAUUGGUAGCUCGGACUGGUAGGCAGCAGCAGCGUUAUGAGGAUGGCUUUCGCCUUAUUGCUGGGUGUAUUCCCUUCAAGUAUGGCAAUGUUGAAGGAAAUGUUGGUGACUCAUCUAAGAAGAUUAUUGAAGUACUAAUGAUAAACUCAAAUAGUGGACCUGGUCUUCUAUUUCCAAAGGGUGGGUGGGAAAAUGAUGAAACGGCUGAGCAGGCAGCACUGCGGGAAGCCAUGGAGGAGGCUGGAGUUCGUGGGGACUUAGUACAUUUCCUUGGAUACUACCCUUUCAAGAGCAAAACGCAGCUGGACGAAUUCAGUCCAGAAGGCUGGUGUAAAGCUGCCAUGUAUGCUUUGCUUGUGAAGGAGGAGCUCGAAUCGUGGCCUGAAAAGAGCCAUCGACAAAGAAGUUGGCUAACAAUCCCCAAGGCUAUUGACUCCUGCCGGCAUGCUUGGAUGCGAGUCGCUCUUGAAAAAGGGUUUCAGAAUUGGUAUUCCGAAGGUAUGAUUCAUACAUUGCCAAAAGAUGUUCCCAAGUCGUCUUCCAAUCAGCGCUAAGAAUUUUUUUGACAUUAUAUAUCGUAGUGCGAUCUGAAGCUGAUUUGGUUUAGGUGCCUUCUUGUUUUGAUCUUCUCAUUUCGUGCAAGGACGAGAAAGUGAACGAAGAUGGAAGUAGUUCUCUCGUCAUAGGUAUUCAGAGUGUUUUGAUCUGAUAUUUGGCUCCUUUUUAACAUGUUAUUUCUCUUUGUAAUGAAACCAUUGGACGAAUUACUUGAAAUGAUGAA